CACCUGUAAUGAAGGUGAGGGGCGGAAGACUCAUCGACCUGAAGUCUACGGUGGACUCGGCCGUGAAGAGCUGCCCGACUGUCCGACACGUCUUCGUCUCUCAGAGGACAGAAAACCCUGCUGCGAUGGGACAGCUGGACGUCCCCCUGGAGGAGGUGAUGUCCUCUGCGUCCCCUGUUUGUCGUGCGGAGCCUCUGGACAGUGAAGAUCUUCUGUUUCUUCUCUACACAUCAGGAAGUACGGGGAAACCUAAAGGCAUCGUCCACACACAGGCUGGAUACCUGCUGUACGCCGCGCUCACACACCAGUACGUGUUUGACUACCGGGAUGGAGACGUGUUCGGCUGUGUGGCGGACGUCGGCUGGAUAACGGGGCACAGCUACGUGGUGUAUGGACCGCUGUGCAAUGGCGCCACCACCGUCCUGUUUGAGAGCACACCUGUUUAUCCAGACCCAGGCAGGUACUGGGAGACUGUCCAGCGCCUGAGAAUCAGUCAGUUCUACGGAGCUCCGACGGCCCUGCGGCUGCUGCUGAAGUACGACGACAGCUGGGUGAAGAAGUACGACCGCUCGUCUCUGCGGACGCUCGGAUCAGUGGGAGAACCCAUCAACCACGAGGCCUGGCACUGGUUCCACAGUGUGGUUGGAGAUGGACGGUGUCCUUUAGUGGACACCUGGUGGCAGACAGAGACGGGUGGAGUCUGCAUCGCCCCUCGUCCUGCAGAGGAAGGAGCUCCGAUCAUCCCAGCGAUGGCGAUGAGGCCGUUCUUUGGCAUCCAGCCGGUUCUCAUGGGACAGAAGGGUGAACCCCUCUCCGGUAACUCCGUCAGCGGCGCUCUGUGCAUCAGCCAGCCGUGGCCUGGGAUGGCUCGCACCAUCUACGGAGACCACCAGAGAUUCGUCGACGCGUAUUUCAAACCGUAUCCUGGUUGUUACUUCACUGGAGACGGAGCGCACCGGUCAGAGGACGGCUACUACCAGAUAACCGGCCGGAUGGACGACGUCAUCAACGUGAGCGGUCACCGUCUCGGGACGGCAGAGAUCGAGGACGUUCUGGACGAACAUCCAGCUGUUCCAGAGACGGCUGUGAUCGGAGUCCUGCAUGACAUCAAGGGAGAAGUGCCGUUUGCCUUCGUGGUUUUGAAGGAGGAGUUUGGUGACGACGCCCCCGCCAUCCUCCAGCAGCUCAGAGAACUCGUCGCCACAAAGAUUGCCAAAUAUGCCGUCCCGGAGCACUUCCUGGUGGUGAGGCGACUGCCGAAGACUCGCUCCGGGAAGAUUAUGAGGCGGAUCCUUAGGAAGGUUGCUAUGGAGACGACGGCUGACCUCGGCGAUGUGUCGACCCUGGACGAUCCGUCCGUGGUCAAGGAGAUCAUCGCGGCCCAUGAGCUCUACAGGAAGCAGAGACGAGGAGACGAGGAGAAGAAGAAGAAGAAGUAGGAACUUCCUGUCUGAGCUGUCGCCGCCGUUUUUUAAAACACGGGCAGGAAGUGGGCGGGGCCGAGCAGGCCCUCAGGCAUUCCUCAGGUCACUGUGCUCAGAAGCUCCUCCCACCUCGCUGCAGUUACCCACAAUCCCCUGCUCCUCUGAGUCCCCCACCAGGCUUCAUGUAAAAACACCAUAAAACAUUUGAACUUCACCUCCGGCGCUCAAGUUUAUCACACGAACACUGAAGGAGGGGCCUCUGUGGGCUCCUCCCACCUGAUGAGUCUGACCAAUCGGACACAAGCACAUUUACCUGCUGCAGCAGCCACCUGGUGGAGGAGACCGGUGAGAUCCAGGUUUGUUGUUUGUUUUCAGGAACGUGACGCAGCUCAUUUAUUGGUCCUCAGGUGACAUCAUGUUCCACCUGUCAGGUGUUCCUGUGCAGCGGCCAUCUUGGAUCUGAACGACCUCACAGGGCAGUCGAGCGCUUCUGUGUGUUUCAAGUUUUUAAAAAGGUUUCAUCACGUUUUAGUUUUAGAGACUAAACUCCAGUUUUAAUUAAAUUAAAUGAGAUUUAGAUCAAUUAGAUCAGGUCUGAUUUCUGACUUCAGAUCAGAUUUAUUUAGCUGAUUUCAGCUGAUUUAUUGACAGUUAAUGAUUCUUGUGUGUUGAACGUGCAGAAAUAAACUCUCACUACUGAACCUGAA